UAGUAUGUGUUUGUACAAAAUGGCGGCUUGCCAUUAUAAUGUGUGGUAGAGCUUGUGAAAACUAACGCUGUUUGGGCGAUUAUAAAGCAAAGCAAACCUACCGUAACAUACCAGUCACCGAAACAAAUGCAUAAUCUUGGAGUCUGGAUGUAUAGUUAUCCUCUGCAUAAUUCAGACUGAGUUGACCUCGACCUGUGUUCAAGAUGCAAACGUCCCCUGGAGGAAGUAAAGUGUCUUCCAAUACAAACUGGUUUACGUCUGAGAUACAACAGAUGAUGCAUGGGUUUGGCGACUGUCGACGACCACUGCAUGACACGGCUGUCCUUGUUGAAGAAAUCGUACAUGCUCAGAUGGCUUCACUGAUGAUGCAGGCGUCCGAUGUUGCAGCUUCACGUAGUAGUCGCUUCAUCGCCAUGGAGGACUUCCUCUUCCUGCUACGCAAGGACAAGAUAAAACUCCGCCGUCUACUGAAGUACAUGGAGGUGAAAGACUUGAAGACCUCCACGCUGCGCAGUGGGGGGUUUGAGGACGAGGAGACGGCUGACUCAGCUGAUAAAAGUCAGCCUGUGAGGAAACGGAGGAGGAUCUGCUACGACUUCCUCGCCUCCAUUGACAACACAGGAGAGUUACUGGCCCUGUUUGACGAGGAAGGAGUGGACGAGAUUAAACACGAGAGGCUGAUGCGUGCUGAGGUGCAGACUCGUAGCAUGACCCCACAGCAGUACACAGAGUACUGUCAGGCUCGACAGAGCAGCUUCAGUCGGAAGUACAAGAGCCAGAGAUUCAAGGACUGGGUCAUGGCGGGAGUCACCAUCGACGUGAAGCCGAACCUACAGGCCUGGGAGGUGAUCAGCUACCUCGCCUACGAGACAGUCGCUCAGAUCGUUGACCUGGCUCUGAUUGUUAAGCAGGACAUGAGGGCAACAACCUCAGACCCGAUGUCAAAGAACCAGCCCAACCUCUGCCUCAACUACCAUGAUGCUGUGCCCAUGUCCUCCAUCAUCGGCAGCAACAAGAUGUCCCUCAUGGCGUCACCUACCAGGUCAAGCCCUCCCUCCACCCCCACGACACCAUCAGUUCCAGGGUCAACUUCAGCCCCGACCUUGACCUUGCCCCAGGGGUCAGGAGGUAGCAGCUCAAGUUCAUCCAAAUCUAAAUCUAAGAAACGGAAGAAGAGUGGCCCUGCUAACUUGAUGGAGAUGUCACACAACCAAGCCAUCCUGCCCUGCGAUGUCCGGGAGGCGAUGCGCAGAUACAGUCAGAGUAUUGGAUUCCUGGCCUCACAGACGAAAGUCAACCCAAGCCUGCCUCCGAAGAUGCGACUGCUAUGCACUUGAGAAAAGCUACCUGGGAAGUCUGUUACAUAUGACGUCUGCUGCUUGGGACGUCCGUUACAUAUGAUGUCCGUUGCAUAUGAUGUCUGCUGCUUGGGACGUCUGUUACAUAUGACGUCUGCUGCUUGGGAUGUCUGUUACAUAUGUCUGCUGCAACAUUUGUUACUGAUGACGUCUGCUUUGAACUUCUAUUGCUAGGAUCAUGGGCCAGCUGGAUCAACUGGACUGAUAUAUGAACAUGUCUUGCUUGUGAAUCAUGAUUGCAGGAAGGAGAUUGACUGAGACAGAUGCCACAGAACUUUUCAUUCAUGCUAUCACUUAGAACAGUUAGUCAGCAGGGAUGCUUGUUGAUAACACUGUUUCCAACCAUACUCAGGCGCCUACUACUUCCAUCAAGUCAGUUCUGUAUUUCUUCAUCACCAAAGUGCAAUACUAAGCAAGUUUUACAAACAAAUAAGAUGAACAUUCACAUAUGAACUUGCUGCUACAUGGUCACUUGUGUUGCAAGAAUGUGUAUGUCGCGUCUGCAACAAGCCUUUCUCGUACUUAUCAAUGUACUGCCAGUGUCAGAUAAGUUUAAUAAAACACACCCUCCAUCA